UCCUUAGCAACGCGCGCGAGCGCGUGCAUAAAUCGGUUAAUGGGCCCUUAACAGGUUUAAACAGUCGUCUGUUUUAUGCUUUCUUAUUUCAGGUGAUCAUUCCUGGUUCUUGGAUCUUCGCAUUGAUGGUCCACAUGCCAAAGUUCAUAGCCUUAAACGUAAAGGACAAUGCCUGUGUACAGAUGGAUGAAGAAUGGCUGCAAAAAGCUUUUUUUUUGCUUAGGUCAGCCAUUAAAAUUGCGGCCAUGGUACUGAUGGCUUGGUUGUAUUCCAGAAUCGUGUACACACUGUGGUUCAAACGUGAUUCUGAGAAUCAAAUCGCCUUCCAACAGAGGGGCGUCCUGAGAGUGCGGAAGCGAGUCACUUUGAUGGGGGUAACUGUCACUGCCAUAUUUGGAAUCUGUUGGGCGCCUGACGUAAUUGCGCACAGCUUAGACUACUUCACAUCUGUCAGUGUCAGUGAACUCGCAUUUGCUAUCAUUCAUAUGCUAGUACUGUUCAGUUCUGCUGCCAACCCAUUUGUGUACGCUCUGGUUAACAAAACCUUCCGAGAAAAGCUUCAGAGAAUGAUAUGCUGUAGCUGUACCAGCUCUAAGGGAUCCACACGAAAUCGAGUUUGCCAAUAAAACGUAACCUCCACAUCAGGGACAUCGUCUUUGGAGCGAUCACAAAAUCUAAAGCAUUUCUUGUUUUAAUACUGCGUUUUUCAUAGUUAAAGGAAAAUGUGACGGAAUUGUACAGAUUGGAGAGAAAAAGUUAAGAUAAGUGUUAGCACUUUCAACUAUCCUGCGAGACAAGGAUUCUCUUCUCUUUCUCUGAGCAGUGAUAGAAGGGAAUCUCUCACAGGGUAUGCAACUUUACAGGUGUAUAAACUUACAUAGAACUGAGAGGAAGGUUAUCGUUAUGCUAUAAUAUAGCGCUUGGGGCGCUAUUCACUUUUGCUAGUUUAAGGGAGCUCCUUAAUUGAAGAGGGGGCGCUUACAAUGGAUGGACGUUUAUUUGUUUUUGAUUCAUUACAUAUCCCAAGGUGGAACAAUACUUUAAUGAAAAGAGAUACUUCAACUCAAGAACUUUGAUUAAGUUCAGUAAGUCAAUAUUACGUUUAGAAUUCAUUCUUAGUUCAUUCGUCUAAUCAGUCUAUUCAAUGUUAAUGUCUUGAAUGUCACUUUCGCUAUUGGGAGCUCUGAAGAAAGGGGACACUUAUUGAAUUUGCAGUAGGGGGUGUGCUUAUUAGACAGGUGAUGCUUACAACAUAUACCAUCUGCGGGUGUAUUACAAACUCAAAACAUGACCAGCGCCCAGUUGGCUUGUACCAGCUGCUUAAGUUGUGUAUGUAAGGGCGGCAUGAUCAAUUAGGUCUUUGUACUAAUUGGCUUUUGUUAUUCGUUUACGAGCACGUGCAUAUUCCUUCGUUAUUUGGGUAGGCAGCACUCCUAUCAUUUUUGAUUUUAAUUUAUAAUAUUGUAAUAAAUUAUUUGUAGGUCUAGGGUGAAAAAAAAGUGGUUGUUUUGUUUGCUUUUGUUGUUGCAUCUGUUCGCUUCCAUUUGCGCGAAAAAUUGGUCGGAAAUUUUUCCGCGGACAUUAAUUGUUCCGAGAAGCGAAGAGUUCUCCGAGAGCGAAGUUCGAGGAAUACUGUGAGCUCCGAGAAAUAGAUAAUGUCCAAGGACAAAUAUCAGGGCAUUUUUUAAAGUCAAAUAUGGACUAUUGUGUUUAUUAUCCUUGUUAUCCUUUCCAAAUAAUUUUUCUCAACACGGGGGAUCUGAAAAUUGGGGAACAUUACAUGAAUAUUCCCCAGCUUUUAGCUGGACAUAUUCAGUCACGUGACGCGUUUACAUUAACGCGUGAGAGCGAAAAUAUUUGAUGAAUUAUAAAGCUAGGCAAUAUAUUUGAUUGGUUGUCAGUUUCCCAUGCUGAGCUGAGUAACAGCUCGCAGUGUCGUUAUUGGCAAUUGAAUAACCGUUUACCAAAACCUGUCUUUACAAUACGCCUGCAAUUCAAUUAGAAUGCAGAAAUUUCAGCGUCAAAACGUCUCUGAUGAUAAAGAAAAUUGAUGUAACUCUCAUAUGAAAAUACAGACAGCUUUCAAUUUUGCUACCAUUUUUUAUGAUAACUAUUUAAAUAAGGUUCAUCCGGUUUGAAGAACGUUUUGGAAAAACUCGGUAUUCAUGCAGGAUUAGUGUAGAAGGUAGGCCUAACCGUGGAAAUAAAGCUACAUUUUUAAUUUUCUGCGGCGUAGCGUGAACGGGGCCUAACAUAACGAGCACCUGGUGGUAAUCACGUGGUCCAAGUUGUAUAAUUUUCUUGAUGAUGAUUAGUGAACUGCUGUCCUUCAUAAUCCUUUUCUUGCGAUGUCAUCAGUGAUACCAGUUUUUAAGAUUGGCUACAACAUUACCGUUCAACUUCUCCGAUUCUCCGCCGGUA